CAUUAUUCCCAGAGCAGCACAAACACAUGCACAAGUACAAGCACUCUGUGUCAGCCAUGACGUCCAAUAACUGGUGAUUCUGCACCCCAAGCAACAGGAACAUCCACAGCAGCAACUAGAAGCGAGACAACAACAACAACAGGCAUACCAACGGCCGUUAAGGCGCAAUUGAACAGCCCACAAAAUGGAAACCGACACACACAGCAACAACAGCAACAACAACAACUCCAACAAAUUUAACUCACACACAAAGUGGCGACAGGAUAGCAAGCCUCCAUCUCUGGCCAGCAGAACAACAGCAACUCUGCCCCUGCUCCUGCUGCUGCUGCUGCUGUUACCUGGCCGCAUCGAUGCCUUCUGCCCCUCAAAGUGUCAAUGCCUGGGCGGCGAUGCGAACAGUCGCGCCCUGUGCGUGGACGCAGCACUGGAGGAUGUGCCCAUUCAGCUCAAUCCGGAAACAAAGUACAUAAAUCUAACACUGAAUCGCAUACGGAAUCUGGAAUUCACGCUGCCCUUCUACAUGAAACUGGAGGUGUUGGAUCUCUCGCAGAACAUCAUCGAAACGCUGGGCUCCAAGAAUUUCGAAUACCAAACGGAGCUGCGCACCCUCAACCUGAGCAGGAAUCUGGUCAGUGCACUGCAUAAGCAUGCCUUCAAGGGCUUGACCAAUCUGCUGCUGCUGGAUCUCAGCUACAAUCGCAUCGAGACUGUGCAUCCCACGGCGCUGGGUGAUCUGGCGGCGCUGGUGGAACUCGACCUGACCAACAACAAUAUUGUGAGCUUGGAGGAUAACUGCUUCAAAGGCAUGAUGUCGCUGGAGGUGCUCGUGUUUCGCAACAAUCGGCUAUUGGAUGUGCCGGCUAGCAAUCUGUGGCAUCUGCAUGCGCUCAAGAGCCUGGACAUGUCCGAUAAUCUGGUGGAGUUUGUGCGCAACGAUAGCUUCGAGGGCCUCAAGGAGCUGCUCGCCCUCAGCGUGCGGGGCAACGUGAUGAGCGAACUGGAUGUGGGCGCCUUUGAGGGUCUCAUCUCGCUCAAGCAUUUGGACCUAUCGGAUAACAAUUUGACGAUGGUGCCCACCCAGCAGCUCUCGAAACUUUCAAAUCUCACUUAUUUGAACCUGGGCGGCAAUCGUUUCGCCCACUUGCCAGCUGUAGCAUUUUUAAACUUGUUUCAUUUACGCGAAUUGCACUUGAGCCGCCUGGACUAUUUGCAGCGCAUCGAUUCGAGAGCUUUUGUGGACAACACGCAUUUACAGACGCUGCAUCUGAACUUCAAUCCGCAAUUGAGUGACAUACCCAUGCGCCUGUUCCAGGGCAAUCCCAACAUUCUGGAGGUGUACAUGCAGAGCAACAGCCUGCAGACGCUCUACUCGGCCCAGUUUCCAGUGGAUCAGCUGCAGAAGCUCUACCUGGGCGAUAAUCCGCUGCAGUGCAACUGCUCGCUGCUCUGGCUCUGGCGCCUGGUCACUGGCAACUUUGAGGGCACAGAGCCCGCGCUGGAGCAUGCUCAGGGCGGUGCUGUGGCCGCGCUGGCCAAGGAGGCAUCGCUGGUGCGGGAGCAGGAGGACGACACCACUCUGAAGACCGACGAUGGGGUCUCCGCCCUGGCUGCCUACAUAGCCGAGCAGCAUAUUGCCAACGCCCUGCAAACCACCGAGCCGAGCGCGUAUGAGCAGCGACUGGAGGCCGCCGCCAGCGCCAGCUCCAGCAGCAGCUCCAACUACUUGCGCAUGGACAAACAGCAGAUCGGCUGCGACAUUUGGCGGGACGGCGUCCGCACCCGCCGCCAGCUGCUGACAAUGAGCGAGGGCGAGAUCACCUGCCCGGCGCACAUCGUGACCGUCGUCUGUGCGGUGAUCACCAGCCUCCUGGUGCUCAUGAUCGGCAUCAGUGUGCUCUACUAUCUGCGCUUCGUGAAGCGCCGGCGCAAGCUGCUGCACGAGCGCGGCCCGCUGCGCACCAGCAAGAGCAUCAUCAAUGUGCACGACCGCAUCCUGCAGGGCCACCACCAGCCGCUGGGCGCUGGUGCGGGCAUGAGCAUGACCCUGGGCGGCUCGGGGCCCGGUGGCCUCGGCAUGACGCUCAACUAUCCGCAUCAUGCGCAAACGCUGCAGGCGCAUCAUCACUACCAUCAGGCCAUGCCGCUGCAGGGCCACAGCGGGCACGAGUACCAGCAGACGACGCUGCCGCAGCUGGACAAGCUGGAGCUGGAGCGCUAUCUGGCGGCGCAGACAAUUGCCAAUGAGUAUCGGGCGCUGAAGCCCUGGGAGCUGCCCGUCAAGGAGGCGGACGACGAGCCGGAGCAUCUGUACGAGCGCUUCGAUCACUACGAAUACCCGGACACGCACACCAUGACCAAGCUGAAGCAGGCAGCCACGCUCCAGGGCAGCAGCGUGGUGACAGCAGCCGGCAAUGCCAACGCUGGCGCUGCCAACAGCAAGCCGCACGUGGUCUACGUAUGACGUGGACGCGGCGUUCCUAGCAACCAGAAACAACAGCAGCAAAACAAGCAGCAGCAGCAGCAGCAGCAGCAGUUGGAUCUGGGCAUUGAGCUGGUGGGCCUGGGCCUGGGGCUGACAAACAACAACUAUCGCAGCUAUGCGCAGUGUCCGAGCAAGGCGAUCGAUCACUUUUGAAAACAGGGAUAUUCACAGCAGCUGCAGCAGCAGCCGCAGGAGCAGCAGCAGCAGCGGCAGUUUUAUGUUUAAGUAUCCUUCGGUUCUUUUCAGUUCGAAUUUGAGUUUGAGUUGGGCAUUUUCGGAGAAUUUGAUAACUCGCAACAAAAGUUUAACAAGCGUCAAAUGAAACAAGGGAUAUAUCUACGUGUAUAGCAGCAUACUAUAAUAAUAUUAUAAG